ACCCCAGCGCUCUGGGUUACACUUUUCCCUCAGAGGGUCGCUGGCGCCGCAGGUGGAUUUGAUGAGCUGGCUGGUCUCGCUGCCCGCAUAGGGCUCGCUGCUGGGUGGGGCAUUAACAAGGCUGCGCCCUGCUGUGGUGGGCUGGACGCACAGCAGCCGUCGAGCCGGGAUGGACGGGGUGGGCAUGGAGGAGGAACGAAUGCCGAAAGGGCUGGAGUGCAAGGACAGGAAAGAGGGCUUAACACUGAAAACUGAGCACUUUGUGGUAGAUGCUAAUUCUCUUGGUGGACAUGGUACAGUGUGCAAUGCAUUGUUUACAUCCCAACAUGCAACUAUAAAAGAAGUUGGGGAUACCCUGGGUACAGAAGAUAAGACCAGCCUUGUGAAGGAGGAAGGUGGCAGUUACUGCAUGCUGCAGGAAAGUGGGUCAACUUCUGAAAACUCAACGUCCCUACCACUCAACCUUGCCUCAGUGUGCAGGCAGUUGUCAGAUUUCCACAGCAACACAAAUUCUGUGCUUCCUCUUCGCAUGGUUAAGUUUGCACAGGCACCCACAGAUAAUUCAGGUUCACUCAAACAGCAUGAAGGUUAUUACUCUGAUGUGACUGAAAAGGAGGCCAAGAAGAAAAAAAAUGAUGGCAUAAGUGGAAUGUGUGCUGAGAAAGCAUCUAGUGCAAUCUCUGGAGACCUCUGCAGGCUAGCACUGUUAGAGGAUGUAUAUGGCCCAACUACUUGCAGGUCAGUGCUCUGCACUUCAGCCAGUACUGUAGCGCAGGAAUCCUACAAUGUAUCUUCAUUCCUGGAAUCUGGAAGUAGCCAUGGUGAGAACAAGCAGAAAAAAGAUCUACCUGAGAAUCCAGAAAUUCUACCACCAGUCAAGAAGAAGACACGCACCUUCUAUAAUGCAGAGCAGCUAGAAGAGUUGGAGAAGAUGUUCCAGGAAGACCGCUACCCUGACAAUGAGAAGAGGAGAGAGAUAGCAGCUGUGGUUGGGGUGACACCACAGCGUAUCAUGGUCUGGUUUCAGAAUCGCAGGGCAAAGUGGCGAAAAACAGAGAAGUUGAAUGCCAAAGGUGGCAAAAAAUACUCAACAUCAGCGGCUCUGUCAGUCCAUGCUGGGUCAGAGAGUUGUGGGGCACCUCUUCUGCCAAUGCCUCCAUUGCCUGACCAGUCUGCCAUAUUAAGUGUAAACACUACAGCUGGGAACUGCUCCAGCCUGCUCAGUGAGCACUCUGCAUUGCUUUCUUCCUCCUCAGGCUCUUCAGUGACAGGAAUGAUGGCAUCUUGCGAAGCAGUUCAGACAAAAGCAUUGCUGCAGCUUGACUUCAGUUCCAGCAGGGUGGAGUGCUUCCCCAGCCUUCCUAGCCCUCCACCCAUUCGCAGGGCCAGCCUCCCUCUCAGUCUUUCCUUCAGCCCCUUUAGUCACAUUGUUCCCUUCAUGCUGGAUGCACCCAACAGUGAAUGCAGCUCGUCCAGUCAGGAAGUCAGCUCCAAGGAGGCCUUCACUUAUAGCAUCCAGAAUCAAGGCUUGUGUUCACCGGUUUCCCCUGAGCAGCUGGAGUUUACAGGCAGUCUAGAGACCCCAUACUGUCAGUAUGGCAGCCAGGGUGGAACUUACCAGCUGUCCCAACAUCCCCAGCAGCACCAGUACUCCCAGUUCCACCGUCUGCCAUUUCAGCCACCCAGCAAUGUCUCCAGUGUUCACCUCACUUCUACAACACCAACCGAGUCCAAUGCAGCUUUCCUUGCCUUAUCUGGUAGCAGUGGAAUGGUAACCUAUAGGGCAGCAGGAGCUGCAAAGGCCUAUGUACAAAACCACGUGGGGGAACAACUUGUUUUACAGCAGCAGAAUGAAAACUCAGGUAAAUUUCUGAAAUCUUGACAUCUGACUCCUCAAGAGUAAGUGUCACCUGAAAGCCUCAGGGUGAUCGGUGUUUUCACUGAUGACUGAGAGGAAGAAGGAAUGUGCAUAUACAUGCAUAAUAUAUACAUAUUGCCUAUCUUUUUCUCCCCUCCCCACAAUCUUUUGUUCUCUUAAGUGUUUGUGACCCAUUAAUUUGAAUCCAAAUUUACUUCUUAGGUUACAUGUUAAGAGAGAAUAUUACUGUGUGUGUACAUUAGGUACUGUAGUGGUUUCAUCUGAAUUGGAGAGCAACUUGCCUUUUUCAGAAGAAUACUGAGCAAACUAACAUGCCUAUUGUGUAAGGUAGUGGUCAAGAGUGAGAAAUAAAAAGGUGUCACAGAAAACUGAGUAGUUGUAGGAAACAAGAAAAAUGGGGUUCCAAAUCUGCUGGGCUUCCCCAGAGAUCAUUUUGAAAGAACUUUAUGUAUCUUAGGGUAGUACAGUGAAAGACAAUCAGAGAUGGGGGGGGGCAUGAGAAUUUUGUUAUGGCUUCUUUUUUUUAAUCUCUGAUGGGAAUUUGUGAUACCACCUAGAAAAUUAUGCUGAAUUGCUUUAUUCUAAGUAACCAGGUAGAAAUGGCGAUAUUGGUAUAGGUUUGUGUCAGUGAUUUGUAUUCUGAAUUUGUUCAAGUCCUGGUACAAUCAAAAGAUAAGACUACUGCAAUUUAUUUACUUUGUCUGUCAGGUUUGUUAAAUUAAAAUCAGUCUAAAAAACAUCUCUCAUCAAAUAAGAGAAUAAAAUGCUUUCAGACUACA